CCGGGAAGCGCGACUUAAUCUGAAAAUCGCUGAAAGGACUCGUCGCACGUGCGUCUAACUUUUGCGCCAAACUUUUCUGUGACGUCUUCUCUAGUUUCCGAUUUUAUUCGUCGAGGUGGACAGUUUCAAAAAACCCCCCAUGUCGUCGGGUAUAUGUCGACCGUAUAGAAUGUCACAGUUCAGUGGCACGCAACAAACUCCGGUUUCCAUCUAAUGUGUGAACAGGGUUCGAUGGACCGAGGACCGCCCCCCGAAGGGCCGCCCGAUCUCGCCGCUUCGUGUGACGAAAAAGUGGUCGCGACCACGAUCGCCGACGUGGAGGAUGAACUGCCGGGAAGGAAGAAGUACAAACAGCUGUGGAAAAAUGCCGCGAGAACAGUGUGUCGGGAAAGAAAAAAGCACUCGAACCUGUCGUCGAUCGCUUUUUCGUUUUUGGAGAAGAGGUCUCUCGACGUCAGCGUCAGCAUCAGCCCUCCGACCUCGCCCAAGUGCAACAAAAUGGCGAGUCCUAAGGUGACAAACCACGAAACCAAGAUUUGUAUGGACGACGAAAAUAUACAACCGAACGGAACUUUGGAUAAAAGUCUCGACACUUUGACCGACUACCUUAGCAUGGAGAAGGAAUAUUUUUCCGAGAACGGGGAUAAAGCUGACUUCGCGACGGUGUUUAAAAAGGGUCUGAUGUACAAGGGAAUAUACUGGCCCAGUUUAACGAACAGUUUUCACUACAAACACCUCGAACUGGCUUACCUCAGAUACUCGCACAGGCAAAGGCAGAAGGCCCUGAUUAUCGUCAAUAUUGUCGAUUUAAUCUUAAAGGUAGCUCUGAUAUUCGUAUGGGCGUACAGCGAAAAACACAUAGUCCUAUCAACGCACGCGGACGAGAUUACUUGGUCCGUUUGUUGCAUGUCCGUCAACAUUGCAGUUUGCGUGUUGGGGUGGUGGAGAUGCUUUGCGAACAACUACCUCCAUUGGGCAGCGACUUGCACCUGGCUGCUGCUUACCACGCAGAGUUUAAUCGGAGAUGGAGUCGGGUUCAGCGUUAAAGAGGCUUUGGUGUGGUACGUCCUCUUCACCGUAUUCGUGUCCUACGCCAUGUUACCCCUGCCGCUACGAUGGUGUAUCAUGGCAGGCAGCGUGACCGCGGUCGGUCAUGUGAUCUUGGUUUCGGUUAAAUUCUACUACGGCGACAGCUACGAGACGCAAUUGGGCGAAGAAUGCAAGAUAAAAAUGAUAAUCGCGAAUAUAGUGCUCUACACGUGUGUGAAUUUCGCCGGGUUUUACACCAAAUACCUCACGGAUCGGAGCCAACGAAAAGCUUUUCUAGAAACUUACAGAUCGAUGGAGACCAGGUACAAGACGCAAGCGGAGAAUGAUAAACAAGAAAAGUUGCUGUUGUCUGUAUUGCCGGAUUUCGUCGCCAAGGAAAUGAUCAGGGAUAUUAUCGAGAGGGAGGAACGUGGCGCCGGAUUUCAACCCCACCAAUUUCACAAGAUUUACAUUCACCGUUACGAGAACGUCAGCAUACUCUUUGCCGACAUAAAAGGCUUCACCGUGCUGGCGACGAAGUGCACCGCCCAAGAAUUGGUGAAGAUUUUAAACGAACUGUUCGCGAGGUUUGAUAAAUUGGCGACGGAAAACGACUGCCUUCGGAUAAAACUACUGGGCGACUGUUACUAUUGUGUGUCCGGGUUGCCGGUGCCGAAUCCUGACCACGCCCAUUGCUGCGUCGAAAUGGGUUUGCAUAUGAUCAAAGCCAUCAAGGACACGCGUCAUAAAACUCAGGUAGACGACUUGGACAUGAGAAUCGGGAUCCACUCUGGUUCGGUGUUGUGUGGAGUGUUGGGGUUAAGGAAAUGGCAGUUCGACAUUUGGUCCCACGACGUCCGCUUAGCUAACCAUAUGGAAUCGGGGGGAAAACCGGGGCAAGUCCACAUUUCCGAAGCGACUUUUCAGUGUCUCAACGGAGCCUACGAAGUCGAACCCGGUAACGGUCAAGAAAGGGAUGGAUACUUGAGAGAACACAAUGUCAUCACCUACUUGAUUAAGCAAAUUGAACCUAUGAGGUCGAGAAGGAAAUAUGCUUCGAGGCCUAGCAUUUUAUCGAACAAGCUGUGGCCGGAAGACGACAUCAACAGCAACGUCAGCACACCCAAGAGUCCUAAAGCGCCCAGCAUAUCGUCCCAACCACCAUCGAGGGAACGUAGCGACAGCGGUAUCCAACACAGUGCGAUCGACGAAGAGAACACCACCGAUUGGACACCGGAAAUACCCUUCGAAAACUUGCACAGGUCCCUGUCCGCCGAUAUAAACGAAACUUUGGAACCGAAAGGAAAACAAAAAUAUGAGCUGAACGAUCCGAAGCAAUUUGUAGCGGAACAAGUGGACGACAUCAUCGAUCACAGUAUCGAAGUCGAGAGCAAUAAAAGAAUAAGGAACGCCAAUGUGAACACGUGGACGCUGAGGUUUAUAGAUAAGAAAAUGGAGACCCAGUUUAGUCAAUUAAGGGAGGACAUGUUCAAAUCGAAUAUGAUUUGCUGCUUCGUCAUAUGGCUGUUCAUAGUGGUCUCGCAGUUUGUCAUCACCGUUACGAGCGCGGUAAUCACUUGGCUACUGAUAAUCGUCACCAUAGUACUGACAUGCACCACAGUUUUGGUGAUGGCGGAGGAGUUUCAGCAGCUGCCCCAGUCGCUCCAAAGGAUAUCGUCGAUUCUGGUCCACAACAGGACCACGAGAACAGUGUUCAUUUGCAUGGUGAUCGUCGUCAUGUCGUUGACUAGCUCGAUUCGUUUGAUCUAUUCCCGCCCAGAUUCCAGAAACUCGUCCACUAUGGCCGGCGUGAUUCAAGCUUCAAACGAAAGCGACAUCCAAGCUUAUUCGACGCUAAUGAAAAACAGCCCUUUCUACAUAUCAGAGCUGCGUCUCUCGAAAAAUCCCGAACACCAAGUGACAUUGAACCUCACAUUGUCUGCGAAAGUGAACACUAGUGUUACUUUGAAUAACGUCAACUGUUCGGAACACUGUUUAAGGGGACUUUUGGGUAGCAUCGAAGACAUUUUUAGGGACGGGGAUAACGCGUCAGCCAUCUUACAGCUAAAUGCAAAAGAGAACGACACAUCGAUGAAAGUGAAGAGGGGUAUAAACUAUAUUAGAGUCAAGAGAGAGGUGUUGUCAUUUUUAUCCGGCGAUGAUGACGUCAAUAUCACCAAUAACAGCGUAGAGUGUAUCUGCCAGCAUCCCGAAUACAUAGUGUUCAGUUGGGUACUAUGUUUGAUAGCCCUUGCGACAGCGUUGAAGCUCUACUAUCUGAUCAAAUUGUGCUUGGCGAUCAUUAUGGUGGCCACUUACAAUAUAUUGAUGCUGAUACCCUACAAGCCGCUAUUCGAUUACAUUACUGAAGUGACCGAGGGCACAAUUUCUAUUCCCUUGUCUGUGCAAAUGUUGAUCCUUCUGGUGGUGUUUUUCUUGGUGGUAGCUUACCACGCGAGACUGGUGGAGGUGACGUCGAGGCUGGAUUUUUUGUGGAAGCAGCAGGCUGAGAGGGAACUGGCCGACAUGGAAGAAACCAGGCAGAAUAAUAAGCAGCUCUUGAAAAAUAUCCUACCUGAUCACGUGGCUCAGCAUUUUUUAUCGAACGAUAGAAACAGCGAGGAACUAUUCGCCCAAUAUCGGGAAGAGGUGGGCGUGCUUUUCGCUACCAUCCCCAACUUCACAGACUUCUAUUCAGAGAAAAUAAACAAAGGUGUGGAAUGCAUAAGACUGCUCAACGAAAUAAUCGCUGAUUUCGAUGAACUCCUCGACGAAGAUCGAUUCAGUAGCAUCGAGAAAAUAAAAACCGUGAGCGCGACAGCAACUUACAUGGCCGCUUCCGGGUUGAAUCCGACUCACAAGGAUUGCCUUAAUUCGGACAGGGUCGAACACCUCUGCGCGCUGGUCGACUACGCCAUAUGUAUGCGUCAGAAGCUAGAGGAUAUCAACAAAGACUCGUUUAACAGUUUCGGCAUCAGGGUUGGAAUAGCUUGCGGGCCGCUAGUGUGCGGCGUGAUCGGGGCUAGGAAACCUGUGUUUGACAUUUGGGGAGACACCGUCAAUUUGGCCUCGCGGAUGGACUCGACCGGACUUAUGGGUUACGUUCAAGUACCCAAGGAAACUGCCCAAAUUUUGGGAGUCAGAGGUUACGAACUCAAGAAGCGGGGCAUAAUCGAUGUAAAAGGCAAGGGUCUGAUGGAGACCUACUUCGUAGUCGGCCGCCAGGUGACGAGACCCCCCAGUUUCCAGAGGCAAGCUAGCAACUACAGCACUUUGGCAGCCGUAGUCUACGCGUUAGCUCAAACCAGGAGGAAACACACCAACAGCACUCCCGGAAGUGCGGUAUUAGGUAGGGCCAAAACGCAAGGAAAAACGGACGCGAGCAAAAGGAUCAUCAACUACAGCUCCAUGAGGAUAACCAACAGGACCGGCGGUGCGCCGGUGCGAAGGAACACUACCAGGGCACAUCAAAAAAAUAUGCACGCGAGGUCGCAACCAAACAUGAGGCAGAUCGGCUCGCAAAAUCUCGACAACAUGAAGUCGCUCAAGUCGAUAGAUCGGGAUUUGACGUCGAGCAACAUUAGCAGGAUGGCAAUCUCGCAGUCAGCGCCCCACACUCCCGUGUCAGCACCUAGCCACGACGCUCCGCUUUUCAGGGGCGUUCCGAGGCUAUUGUCGGAGCCGAUAGUUAACAGGUCUAGAAGUUCCCCGGGAGUCAAACCUCGCGAAAGCAGACACGCGAAAGUACCGAACCUGACAGAAAACCAUUCGUCGGGCGACACGACCGAACGUUUUAAAGUAAAAAGCGUGGAACCAGUGGCGCCCGUCCACUAUUCCCCGAAGCACGUUCCCCGAAGAGACAUGAAGUUCUCUCUCAGAAGCCCGCUGAACAAAAGGGACAAGAUUCAGAUCGAGGGCGGCAGACCUAGUGACAGACUGAACAAAAUGCAUUCGUUGGACGGUACUUACCUUUAAAGGCGGAUGUGUACAUAGUAUUGGGACGCAGGUGCCAUUUUGGAUAUCAGUCAGGACCGGAUUAAACUUCAGUGGGGUACCGGGCCUAUUCGCUCUCGUGGGGGUCCCAGACAGGUCUUAGAUGAUGAUGAUAAGUUGGAUACUAAUUCUUAAAAAACAUAUCUUAAAAAAUAUAUAAUAAGCACAUUUUGCAAUUUUUGUUUGAGGGAACAUGAUAACAGUUUUUGCCAUGAGACAAAUUAAGAGGAACAUUUUUUGUUUGAGGUUCCGGGAGUUUGAAAAAUUAGAAUUCUAAUUAAGGUCUCUCAAAGUCAUAAGGGAACAGGGGAAAACUAUCACUUAAAAUUUUUUGGGUCACCAAGAACUCCGUAGGAGCAGCGGAGGGUCGAUUAGGCCUAUCGAGCUACCCCCUUUAAUCCUGCCCUGAUAAUACGCUGUCUAUACGUAUGCUGUGCGAUAGGAAGGAACGUAACUUUUGUAACAGCGUUUCUUUCCUAAAUAUACGACCAAUUUUUAAGUAGCAAACUAAAUUUGAUUUGAACAUGUUUAAACUGGGACGUUCGAAAAUGUACACGGUGUUUGUAUUCCAUGUUUCUUAAAAAAAUAUAUACGGUGUGUCGCAUUUAGGAUGAAGCCACCCCUCUAAUUUGGAUAUCUAAAUAAAUACAUACUUUUAAGUUUUGCUAAGUCAUUCAGGUUGACUGCUCACAUUUCCUAAAAUACUCAGUGAAAGUUUAAAUUUUAUAGGCUACCUACUGCGAAUCCACAUACAAGGUUAUUUUCUUCGUGAUAGAGAUGUCGGAAAAAGUUAUUUCAAAAAGUUAUUCCGAAUAUUUUUUUACCCCGACAUACCAAAUUUCAAGUCAAAACCUUCAUUUUUAUUUUUUUAUAUGUUACUGUGCCGUGGAAAAAAAUUGUCUAUAAUAUGGUCGAGUGGAUAGUGUAAAAUUCUUAUAUUUAUAUUCUUCAGUAAAAUAAAUUACACUAAAGGAGAAAAAUAAUUAUUUUGUUUAAAGAAAACAAUUACAGUAACUGAUUAAAUUUAACAAAAUAAUUAAAACAAUAAUUACAUAAUAAUAAAACAUAACAUAACAUAAACAUAAAUUAAAACAAUAAUUACAUUUGUGAAAUGUAAUUCUGCUCGACUA